CGGCAGUUUUUGCCCAUUUCUUCUUCCAUAUAUUCUUCACUUUACAGUCAAGGCAGCUUAAACGCCCUCUAUAAAUUUAGAAUCCCCGGAAAGCAAUCCUUUUGUUCUUCAAUGAGGCUGGAAACUCACCUGGAACACCAGAAGAAUUUCCAGCUCGGAAACUGAAGACUACUUCAUCAUGAGACUAUGCAUCGUCCUGUUUCUGAUAACCAGACUCUUUACAAACUCUCAAUCUCUUAGCAGGGCUGAUUUCCCAGAAGGGUUUGUUUUCGGAACAGCUUCUUCGGCAUACCAGUUCGAGGGAGCUGUAAAUGAAGGAAACAAGGGAGAUAGUGUAUGGGAUACUUUCACAAAAAAACCAGGGAAGAUUUUAGAUUUCAGCAAUGCAGACACAGCGGUAGAUCAAUAUCACAGAUUUCAGAGUGAUGUAGACUUGAUGAAGGAUAUGGGAGUAAAUGCAUACAGAUUCUCAAUAUCGUGGCCAAGAAUUUUUCCAAAUGGAACAGGAGCACCCAACUCAGAAGGAAUAAGCUACUACAACAGCCUUAUAGAUUCUUUGCUUGCAAAAGGGAUCCAGCCUUUUGUAACUCUAUAUCAUUGGGAUCUUCCGCAGAUGCUUGAAGACAGAUAUGAAGGAUGGUUGAGCACACAGAUAGUAAAAGACUUUGAACAUUAUGCCUUCACCUGCUUCCAAGCGUUUGGAGACAGAGUUAAGCACUGGAUCACCAUCAACGAGCCUCAUGGUUAUGCACUCCAAAGUUAUGACUUGGGAAUACAAGCUCCCGGGCGAUGUUCUAUUCUCGGUCACUUGUUUUGUAAGAAAGGAAAUUCAUCCGUUGAACCAUACAUUGUUGCUCACAACAUCCUCCUGUCUCAUGCUGCAACUUAUCAUAUGUACCAGAAAUUUUUCAAGGAGAAACAAGUAGGUCAGGUUGGAAUUGCACUGGAUGCAAAAUGGCAUGAACCUCUAUCGGAAAGUGAUGAGGACAUAGAUGCAGCACAUAGAGCGAAUGAAUUCACAUUGGGAUGGUUCCUUGAUCCACUAUUUUUUGGCGACUAUCCUCUCUCAAUGAAGAAGCUUGUGGGUAAGCGAUUACCUGAGAUUUCGCAGGAAGCAUCAAAAUUCUUGGUGGGAUCUGUGGACUUUAUCGGCAUAAACCACUACACCACAUUAUAUGCUCGGAAUGACAGGACACGGAUUCGAAAAUUUAUAUUGCAGGAUGCUACAUCUGAUGCUGCAGUCAUUACAACACAAUACAAAGGAGGAGUGGCGAUUGGAGAAAAAGCAGCUUCUCGCUGGUUACGCAUAGUCCCAUGGGGCAUCCGAAAGUUGGCAAGAUACAUCAAAGAUAAGUACGGGAACCCCCCAGUGAUGAUAACAGAAAAUGGUAUGGAUGAUCCAAAUAAACCUUUCAUAUCUAUGGAAAAGGCUUUAAAUGAUGAGAAGAGGAUACGAUUUCACAGGGACUAUCUCUCAAACCUAUCAGCUGCUAUAAGGGAAGACAAAUGUGAUGUUCGUGGUUAUUUUGUGUGGUCAUUACUUGACAACUGGGAAUGGAACAUGGGCUACACUGUCAGAUUUGGGCUCUACUAUGUCGAUUACAAGAAGAACCUUACGAGGAUUCCUAAAUCUUCUGUUCAAUGGUUUACAAGAUUUCUCCAAGUUAACAAUCAUCAGAGUUUUGUGCAGACAAAGCACAUGUAAAAUGCAUUGAUUAUUUGAUUAUUUCAAAUCAAAAGUGAACGAAAAAAAAAAAUUCAAUGGAGCACUAAAAAGUCCAAUCCUUUUCA